GAUUAUGAAAAAUUGCCCGCGAGAGUGUGUUGCAUGCGAAGGAGUGUCAAAAGACGAGUGCAAGUGUGAGAAGCAUACAAUAGAGUGGCGAGAUUUUUCUUUUCCCGAUCCCAGAGAGUAUAUAGUAAACGAGUUUGGGGAUUGCAAGUCCCUCUUUCAUCCAAUUUUUCCACACGUGUUUCGUGCAUAAGUGCUAUAGGUGAUAGUUGAGGUUCUAAGUGAUCGAUUAAAGGUUGAAUUUGUGACAAUUUUGACGUGUUGGGUGGUGAAAUUGGUUGAUUUUGGGAUUGUUGUAAAAAAGUUUGUCGUUUGUGUUUAUUUGAAAUGGCUGCCACGAGUGUGGUUGUUCUUGAUAGGGGAAAUAAUACCACUUGCACCAUUAAUUUACAUGGUGCAACUGUCGUGUCUUGGAGAGUCAACAAUCAAGAACAAUUAUUUGUGAGCAAAUUGGCGGUUUUUGAUGGCAAGAAAGCAAUUAGAGGAGGAAUUCCAUUUGUAUUUCCACAAUUUGGACAGUGGACUUUUGGGCCACAGCACGGAUUUGCCAGGAUUACACGAUGGGCCCUCGAGAGGGCACCAGAGAGAUUGCCAACGGGUGAUGUUGAGGCAGUUUUUAGUUUGAUGGACAACGAAUUUACGCGUUCAAUGUGGAACUAUCCAUUUCGGAUUACCUAUCGGCUUAUUUUGCGCGAAAAAGAACUCCAUUUUCACAUUGGCGUCUACAAUCCCAGCAAGGACCUUACGUUCUCCUUCAACAUGCUCUUGCACACAUAUUUGAAGGUUCCGGAUGUGCGUAGAUGCCAAAUUACCGGCCUCCAUGGAUGUACUUUUAUUGACAAGACACGCGAAAACGCCAUCUAUCAGGAAGGUCGUGAUGUAGUGACCAUUAAUGAAUGGACAGAUCGCAUUUAUCAGCAUACCCCUCAGGAGCAUAUUAUCACAAAUGUGGUGUCUGGGAGGAAAAUGCGUGUGCAAAAAUACAAUUUUCCGGACACGGUAAUCUGGAAUCCGUGGAUGGAAAAAGCUCGUGAAACUCCAGACUUUGGUGAUGAUGAGUAUCCCAAUAUGCUGUGUGUGGAGUCAGGACAUGUUUCCAGUCCGGUGAUUCUUUUGCCUGGGACGGCAUUUGAAGCCAGUCAGGUGUUGCAGGUGAGUUUCGUGAAUGGUGUCUCGGGAAAGCGACGCAGCAAAAAGCAACAAAAUACCAGCAACGUCGAUUUCAGCAAUCCUCACCUUCCACCCAGAUUUUCACCUCUUUUACCUCGUUUCUAAACUCGAGAGGAUUUCCCGUACGUCGCUUUGACAGAUAAUAUCCAACGCAAAAUGUCAAUUUGACAGCGCGAGAGUUUUUUGUGCAUUUCAACAUACGUUUUUGUACCCCUUUUACGUCUGUUUUAUUUUUGGAUAUAAUUUGUGAAUUGGAUUUUUUUUCUAUAAAAUGUAUAUAUAGAAAUAUUUUUAGGGAGUAAUUUUUAAAAUGAAAGAAUGGCUUAAAAGUGAACUUUUUUUUUAAGAUUCUGUGGUACAUUAUUUAUUAAGUUUUUGGAUAUUCUUUUGUUUCACUCACUUUUUACGAUUUAUAUUCAAAUUUACACUUUUUUUGGGUAGCUCUUAAUUUUUACUUUGUUGUAAAUAUUUUAGAAGGAUUUUCGAUAAUCUUUCACUUACUAUAAAAUAAUGAAAUGAAAAAAAAAACAUUUUUAACGAAAAUAUAUUCUCUCUAGUGAGAAAAAAUAUUGAAAAAGCAUCAUUCUUUUAUUUGACCUAGGCCUGUAAGAUAUUUUGAAAUAAUGAUAUUUUUACUAUUUCUAACCUCAAUGGGAUAUAUUUUAAGGAAAAACUACAAGGUAAUUUUUAUUACACUGAUAUUUAACUUUGUGAAAGGCAAAAGAAGAUCAGAUUGAAUGGAAAUUCACUUAAGGUACUUCGUGGUAAACUCUCAACAUUGCGAAAUUUUCUAAUAUAACCUUUUCGUCUAAGGAUUUUUCUCCAUGAUAUUUGAGGUUAGAUUUAGUAAAACAUUCUAUUCAAUAAUUUCUUGGGCAAACAAAAGAAUGAGGGCGAGUAAAUAAAAAAAAAAAACAAAACUUACUUAAAUGUAACCAUAGUAAAAGAAAUAAUGGUUAAAAAGCAUUAAUUAAAAAAAAAUAUUGAAAAUUGUCUGUCCAAUGUAUACGAUUAGUGAGUUAAAAAAAAUGAAAUCAAUUAAUACAACUGGGAGCUAAAUAAUGAGAAAAAUAAAUGUCUAGAAGAUUGAGAGAGAUAUAAAGAUGAAAUUUAUAAGAGGCUGUAAAUGCAGAAAAAUGUUGACAACACAAAUAUUUUUUUUUCUUUUUAAAAAUGAUCGUCAUUCCAAAGAUGUUUGUUUAAGAGAGAUUCAAUGCUCUAUUUUUUUCUUGUUCCCCACAUGUUUUUAAUGUCUAUGAUUGAAUUUAAUUUUUUUUCAAUAUUUUCUUUCUAUUAUGAUUCUGGGUUUAAAAAGUUUACAAAACAUUGUCAUUUUUUGUCUUUUUGUAUAAUGUUUUUAGUUAAUUCUCAACACUGCAAAGUUUAUAUUUUACUUUGUAAUAUUAUUUGUUUCUCAGUUAAUUACACUUUUUUUUUAAAAUAUAUAGACUUGAUUUUCUCCACAAUUUUCAGUGGAUUUGUGUAGGAAAUAAUUAUGCAAGAGAAAAUUAUGAAAGAACACGCAGAAUUUUUCUCAAUAUCUAAAAGUAGCAAUAAAUUUUUGAUCUAAGAAGCGCCAAUUCAUAAUAAACUGUACUUCAUUAUAUAGAGAUGAUGGUGCAAUAAUAAAAUUGAUGAAAAUUUCA